GGCGGGGGGACACAGAGGGGGAGGCGGUAAACCGGGGACGAGCGGAGCGGAGACGGCUGGUGGUCGUCUAGUGCGGGAGGAGUAGAGCUGGCGCCGCGGCGACCGCAGUAGCAGUGAUAGUAGCAGCAGCAGCAGCGGCAGAGCGGCAGCAGAAGCGGCACCAUGGCGCAAGCCGCCAAGCAGCUCCGUAAGAACAAGGACAUAGCCGAGGCGGCGGCGGCGGAGCUGCGAGAGAAGGAGGAGGAGAAGACCAAGAAGAGGAAUAAAUCCCGAGACCGCAGGCGCAAGGCUCAUGUGGUCCAACGCUGGCAUGCCCAUCAGGCAGAUGCAGCAACCAGCUUUCUCCGCGCCGCUCGUUCUGGGAACCUGGACAAGGCACUGGACCACAUCAAGAACCGGAUCGACAUCAACAUAUCCAAUCAAAAUGGACUCAACGGGUUACAUCUGGCCUCUAAAGAAGGUCACGUCAAAAUGGUGUUGGAGUUACUACACAAUGGCAUUGUGUUGGAGACCACCACUAAGAAAGGGAACACGGCCCUCCACAUAGCAGCCCUGGCGGGACAGGAGAGGGUGGUGGCGGAGUUGGUGAACUACGGGGCCAACGUCAACUCCCAGUCGCAGAAAGGCUUCAGCCCUCUUUAUAUGGCCGCCCAAGAGAAUCACUUAGAGGUCGUCAAGUUCCUGCUCGAGAAUGGCGCCAAUCAGAGCCUCCCCACAGAGGAUGGCUUCACCCCCCUGGCGGUGGCGCUGCAGCAGGGCCAUGAGAACGUGGUGGCCCUGCUCAUCAACUACGGCACCAAGGGCAAGGUGCGGCUGCCCGCGCUGCACAUCGCCGCGCGCAACGACGACACGCGCACCGCCGCCGUGCUGCUGCAGAACGACCCCAACCCCGACGUGCUCAGCAAGACUGGGUUCACGCCUCUCCACAUCGCUGCCCACUACGAGAACCUGAGCGUUGCCCAGCUACUGCUGAACAGAGGAGCCAACGUCAACUUCAUCCCCAAGAACGGCAUCACCCCGCUGCACAUCGCCUCCAGGAGGGGCAACGUCAUCAUGGUGCGACUGCUGCUGGACAGGGGGGCCCAGAUAGACGCCAAGACCAAGGAUGAGCUCACUCCUCUGCACUGUGCGGCCAGGAACGGUCACGUGCGCAUCAUCGAGAUCCUUCUGGACCAGGGUGCCCCCAUCCAGGCCAAAACCAAGAACGGCCUGUCCCCCAUCCACAUGGCGGCCCAGGGCGAUCACAUGGACUGCGUGCGGCAGCUGCUGCAGUACAACGCCGAGAUCGAUGACAUCACCCUGGACCACCUGACGCCACUGCAUGUGGCCGCCCACUGCGGUCACCACCGCAUGGGCAAAGUGCUGCUGGACAAGGGGGCCAAGGCCAACGCCCGCGCACUGAAUGGCUUCACUCCCCUCCACAUCGCCUGCAAGAAGAACCACAUGCGCUCCAUGGACCUGCUGCUCAAACACUCUGCCUCUCUGGAGGCUGUCACUGAGUCUGGUCUCACUCCUCUUCAUGUGGCUGCCUUCAUGGGCCACCUGAGCAUCGUGAAGAACCUGCUGCUGAGGGGAGCCUCCCCCAAUGCUUCCAACGUGAAAGUGGAGACUCCUCUCCACAUGGCGUCCAGAGCUGGCCACUGUGAAGUGGCCGCGUUCCUGCUCCAGAACACUGCCCAGGUGGACGCCAAGGCCAAGGACGACCAGACCCCCCUGCACUGUGCGGCCCGCAUGGGCCACAAAGAACUGGUGAAGCUGCUGCUGGAGAACAAGGCCAACCCGGACUCCACCACAACAGCCGGCCACACCCCCUUGCACAUCGCCGCCCGUGAGGGACACGCCCACACCAUCCGCAUCCUGCUGGAUGGCUCCGCCGAGCAGACCAAGAUGACCAAGAAAGGCUUCACCCCCCUCCAUGUGGCGUCCAAAUAUGGAAAGGUGGAUGUAGCAGAGCUCCUGCUGGAGCGAGGUGCCAAUCCCAACGCAGCUGGAAAGAACGGCCUGGCCCCCCUACAUGUGGCCGUCCAUCAUAACAACCUGGAUGUUGUUAAACUGCUGGUCAGCAAGGGAGGAUCAGCACACAGCACCGCACGGAACGGCUACACGCCCCUGCACAUCGCGGCCAAGCAGAACCAGGUGGAGGUGGCCAGCUGCCUGCUGCAGAGCGGGGCGUCGGCCAACGCCGAGUCGCUGCAGGGGGUCACGCCGCUGCACCUGGCCGCCCAGGAGGGCCGGCCGGACAUGGCCGCGCUGCUCAUCUCCAAGCAGGCCAACGUCAACCUGGGGAACAAGAACGGUCUCACUCCUCUUCACCUGGUGGCCCAGGAGGGUCAUGUGGGCAUCGCCGACACGCUGGUGAAGAGGGGCGCCUCCGUCUACGCCGCCUCAAGGAUGGGCUACACUCCCCUCCAUGUGGCCUGUCAUUAUGGCAACAUCAAGAUGGUGAAGUUUCUGCUGCUGCAGCAGGCACAUGUCAAUAGCAAGACACGGUGGGCUACACCCCCCCUGCACCAGGCCGCCCAGCAGGGUCACACAGACAUCGUCAGCUUGCUCCUGAAACACGGGGCCCCCCCCAACGAGAUCACCACGGUCAGAGACAUGAACAAGGAUCCACAGGGGUUUCUGUCAUUCCUGCGGAAGUCUACCAAGUACGAGGAAACACAACACGUGUUGUGUAACCUCAACAUCACCAUGCCUCCCUGUGUCAAGGCCGCCGGGAGUGAGGAGCGCAGGCGAACUCUGACCCCGCUCGCCCUGAGGGAGCGCUACAGUGCCCUGAACGAACCUGCCCCUCAGUCAACCGUCAUAGAGAGGACGGAGCUCAAGAUCAACCUUAUAUCUGAGCAGCUGGGCUUGAGUUGGGCAGAGCUGGCCCGGGAGCUGCUGUUCAGCGUGGACGAGAUCAACCGGAUCCGCGUGGACCAUCCCAACUCUCUGCAGGACCAGAGCUCGGCCCUGCUCAGCCUGUGGGUCAACCGGGAGGGCAAGAGAGCCAAGAUGGAGAGUCUGUACGGAGCUCUGAGGAUCAUCGAGAGGGGGGAUAUCGUCAGCUCCCUGGAGAGCCAGGCCCAAACGCUGGCCCCCAGGGCCCCGGAGCACGGGCGUCGGCUGGUGGAACACGACUCCUCCCUGCUCUCACCCAGUGUUAAUGGCUACGGGCUGCUGCAAGAGGAGCUGCUGCUCUCCCCGGCCUCCAUGCAGUACAGCCUGCCCUCGCCGCUGGGCUCGGAGCCCUACUGGAGGGAGGUGUCGGGCCUGGAGUGCGCGCCCAUCGCCGCCACCGAGGAGGACACGCUGCUGGAGAUGUCGGACGUGCAGGUGUGGCCGGCGGGGGUCAGCCCCUCGCUGGUGACGGUGGAGGACUCGUCCCUGGACGGCAGCCGGGCCGACGACUCGGAGGGCGCCGCGCUCUCCCUCCCCUACAGCCUGGGCCGGCCCAGCAGCGGGCUGAGCGGCGCCAGCGGCUCCAUCAUGGAGCUGGAGGAGGAGGAGGAGGAGGAGGAGGAGGUGGAGGAGGAGGAGGAGGAGGAGGAGGAGGAGGUGGAGGCGGCGGCGUCGCUGGGGCCCGCCGCUGUGCUGGCGGAGCGGGACAGGGUGAGGGCCAGCGGGGCCGUGCCCAAGGUCAACCUCAACGGCCAGCUGGGAGGUCAGAGGUCGGCGGGAGAAGGAGGAGGAGGAGGAGGAGGAGCGAGAGGAGGAGGAGGAGGAGGAGGAGGUGUAGGGCUGGGUUCAGUGGAAGGCUUCUCUGUUGUUACAGGCCAGCAGGUGUACGCCCAGCUGUGUCAGAUCUCCGGGCUGAGCGGGGCGUCGGACCACAACGGUGACAGAGUGGUGGGCGGCGGGGCCUUCCAGCCCUACCUCCCCGACCGGGACUCUGGCGGGGUGGGGGUGCCCGGGUGGGCGGCCUCCAGGGUCCGGAUACCGUCGGCGUCGCUUGGCUUCCGCGGCGUCGAGGGCGGGCCGGGCCUGCGCGUGGCCCAGGAGGCCCUCCAGACCGUGAGGGACGAGAAACAGGACAGCCCCGAUGAGCAGUUUGUUGAUGAACACGGGAAGGUACACGCUAGAAAGGAACAGACAUCUACUGCCAAGCCAUCCUCCACAAAAACUCAACCCGAACACAGAGGGAAAAAAGGAAGAAAAUGAGGGCAAUCAAACAAUUUGAAAAGAGAAAGUAGAAGGGGCAAAGACUCAAGAAGUGCAAACUACAAUAUUGCAAUCACAAACCCCAUCCUCCAAAUGACCAUGGAACUCCACAAAAGAAAAAACAAAAGAGGAAUCCAACUUGUAGUUUUGUAAAAUUUUUAAAGAAAAAAAAAGAUAUAUAUAUACUAGACUAGGGCAUGACGACUUUUCUAAAAAAAUCAAUAUAUGUCAGAAAAAAAACGAAUGAGAAAAAAAAAGCAACAAAAAGUGCUUCCUGUCAACUGUAAUCGCAUGAUGACUGCUGGUGCAUGCCCUUUGACCUUUGAACUGUCAUGACCUACGACCGGAGGGGGGGUGGAAGACGUGGCCCAGGAUCUGAUGGACCUUUUUUCUUCCCUUGUGCGGUGUGGUUCGUGACAGCGAGUCCAGUCUGAAAACACUGCAGCCCAAAAAAAAAAAAAAAUCAAGUCUUUCCCCCUCCCCUGUCGAUGGAUUGUUCUAUAUACAGCUGAGCCUACGCCAAGCCUGCCCACGCUUCCUCCAUCGCCGCCCUUCCAACCCUCCCCUCAAUGUGAUAUAUGCACUCUAUGCUACCGUGGACGUGUGUGUCAGUAUGUGUGUGUGUGUAUGUACGCGUGUGUCGUUCUCUUAAGCAUGUGUACCUCGCUUUUCAGCUGGGCGCUGACUAAGCCAUGCCCUCCCCAAACACUACCCCCCCCCCCGCUCCCCCUGACCCGGCCCAUCUCCCUCGUGAUUGGUCUACACCCGGUGUGAUGUCACGGGAUGCUAAGCGCUGGAAUGAUAAAAAAGCCGCUAUGCUGCCCUCUGAUGGUUAGUGCUGCUGUGUGUGUGUGUGUGUGUGUGUGUGUGUGUGUGCGUGUGUGUGCUGGUGUCUUCUCUGUGUGAGCGAGCUCGCUUCCUGUAGCGUUUCCUUUCGUCCUUGGUUUGUGUUCGGGGACCUGUCCACGUUGGGUCGGAGGCUGGGUUCGACCUGCGAGUGGGGGGGGAUCUGAGUGUGUCCUCGUCCCUCGAUCCACCCCCUCCUCCUCCUCGAGCGAUGGGGACACGGUCUUCAGACCCUGGAACAUUCUCCUGAGCUCAAGGAACGAGCCGCCUACUCCAUUGUACAGACUCCUGGGGACUCUUUGACACAACUCUCCGAACUAUUUAUCUUUUCGAUUUCAUUUUUUUUUGCCUCCUAAGAAGGCAGGGGGGGGGGAGUCGGGUUGUGACCUAUUGACCUGAUGACCUCAUCCCAAGCUCCCCCCUUCUCGUCCUACCGUGUAGCGCAACACAUGCUCUGAUGAGAUCGACAUGCUUCUCCUCUCCGUAGCCGCGGUCAAGAUGCAGCGGAAUCACAAGACCUCUCCGUGCGACAUUCAAACAGCACCCCCCAACAUCCCCCCCGAAACAAGCCAGACCGGGGAAACGCCCCCCCCCCCCUGUCACUUGAUUGGCUGUAGCGCCCCCCCCCCACACACACCCCCAUGCUGCGUUUGCUUCAUUUUGGUUUGUCCCUUUGGAAUCAAAAGGAGAAAAAUAAGAGAACGGGGGGAGGGGGGGAAGCCUUGUGGGGGAUCCAGGGAUGCUGGGACAGUUUUCAAAGGAACCGUGUGUCUAUUAUCAAACAGUGAGACACAGAAUGGGUUGUGUUUGUACAAAGAGGUGGAACUCGCUUAAAGACGCAGAUAGCACUGUGAUUGUCUGAUCCACACCGACCCCAGACUCGUGAACUAUAAACAAACAACACACACGUAACAAACAAACAAACAUGCAUGCAUGCGAGCAACACAUACACCGUCAUGCCAGUACAUGAGUAUAUACAUUGACAUGUUCAGUCCAAUAUGAAUACCGGAUUUUUUGUGUCUGCCACAGCAAUAAUACCUGACGGGGACCACAGACAGGAGCACACCGCAGGGGGUUCACUGCUUGUGUUUAACGGGUUAAAGAAACAACGUGCGCAUAAAGCACAAGCUCGGAAGUGUGUGACAACGUAACAACGUCUCCAAUGUAAAAGACUUUAACCUGCACCAUUGUAACUUUUUUUUUUACCGCUGCCAUCGCUUGUGUUCUCAAUUAGAUUUAUAAUGCGUGUAAAACCUUCCAAAGCCCAUUUCAAGGGACCUCAAGGACAUUGUACGUCAGGGUAAGAACUGGGGGCAGGGACAGACUGGCAGAGCACACAACUCAAAGAUAGGGUUUGUUUACCUCUGAAUAGGUGGGUUUUGAGCAGCUGGGUGGAGCUGCAGGUGGAGUCAGCGUGGCAGAUAGGGUCAGCCAUUUUGUUCCGGAACUUGUUUAUAGCUGUACUACUGGCCCCACCCACCUGGUGGUGGUGUAGCUAGGAUACCAGAAUCCCAGGAGUGCAGGCUGCAGAUUUAGGAGUCUUCUGCAGACUAGCUUGAGGAACAUAGAAUCCCUAUGAUGGUCUUUUGCUCUGUAACAUGUGCAAUGACACUAAAGUUAUUCUAUUCUCGUUAGACGCACACUGAGAACAAAAGCGAUGGCUGCAAUAAAAGAGUUAAGUUUGUAGUCGCUUACGGUAUACAUUUCUUUAACCUGGACUGGAAAGCAUUUGAAUCAUGGCAUUUGACAGCGGUGCUUUUCCCCUAUGGUUCUAGCUCUCACUCAUCUAGGUGGACACUCCCACCUGUGAUGUCCCAAGUGGACGUUAUUAUUACGUUUUUGCCGCCACACACCUGGUGGUAGAAUUGGUUUCCUUCUAAUGUGAAUGGAUUGAUGCCCACUAAAGCAAAGUGCCAUGGUGGGGUCGACGGCAGAUCGAAAGACCACAUUGUAGCAGUGCAUUGUGCAUGGUCGUACCAUGUGCAGGUCUGUUGUUUAGCACUAAAAGUAGCAAAAUAUAAGCCAGGAUCUAUCCACUUCAUACACUGAAGCCGUCAGUACGGUUUGAUGCAUCAUAUUUCUAUGCGUUUUCUUUCUCUUCGAAUUUGACACCCGGGCGUUUCUCACUUGUUAAAUGUGUAGUAAUUCUAUAAUUUCGAUAUAGACAGUUGUGGCUGUAAAUGGCCAGCGUUUUCUCAGAAUAUAUACAACCUCACACGCACACAUUUUCAUUUAAGUUUUCACACCAUGCAUGUAGCAAUCAUUGCCCCCCCCCCCCCCCUAGACCUGCAGACAAACGUGUAUCCCUCCAGUACCGUAUAAUAUGUAAUUGUGGUUCAAAACGUAACGAGACAAUGAAUGAGUGACACGAUGUAUGAAUGCAUAGUGACACAUACGCACGAUCACAGAGCCGCUAAACGUCCGCCCGCACUCCGCCUGUGCAACCCAGCUGUGGGCGUGUCUCACCUUCAGCGUCCGCUCUUCCAACACUCAGGUUUAUGUUCCCACUCUCGCGCCCGUCCGGAUCCAAGCUUUUGCCCCCAUAUAUUUUCUUUGUUAGAAGAGUGUUGGGUUUAUAAAAUAAUGUUUAUGGUUGUUCUUGUUGUUGUUGUUGUUGUUGUUUCGUUUUUUUUUUUCAAGAGUCGGCCUCCUCAUGAGGUGCAGGGUCUUUAACGUGUGUUUGUGUGUGUUUGUUUCAGAAAAAUACUGUAGUGGUGUUGGGUUCCGUCAGGGUCAAGAUGGAGGAGACACGUGGGAAUGUAUAGCAGACACACGACGGCAUGUAUGUACGAAGGGGCACGUGGGUCCCCCCCCGUGUGUGUGUGCGUGUCUGGGUGUGUACUUGAGUUUGUGUAAGUGGUCAGAAUGUUGGAGAUUCCUAUUAGAUUUUGGUGUCAGAUGACAGCCGAACUCUGAACUCGGGCCUCGGUUCAUCCUGUUGCUUUAGUUGCCCUGGCGACGAUUUGAUUGGUUCACUUGUUGUUGAUGAGGUUAAAUAGAUAAAUCUGGUUUAUAUAUAUUGAUGUGGACUUGCACUAUUAUUUAUAUAAAUGUGGCUUGUGGAUAUAAAAUAAUACCAAGGAAAUAUCAGCUGUUUUCCAUUGACCAUAUGAUAUUCUUAUUGUCAUCGUCGUUCUCGAUAUGAACCACCAGAGAACAGCAAAGACUCCCCCUUCUAACUAUUAUGACUCAUAAUGAGAUAAUUUACUAAAUUCACCCUUUUGGAUGAUGUCUGACACCCGGCUGACGUUGUUAGCUUUCAAUCCCGUUAUUAAACAUUGCACUAUUUAAGUUGAAUAAAGGGUGAUUUUAUCUUUUAAGUUUGAUUGAAUAGUUAUGCUGACCCCUUUUUAGGCUUAUAAACUAUAUAUGUCCUUGUGAUGACAGGAGGGUUUUCCUAUUGAGGUCUUAAUUUGAUGUGGAUUUUUAGGCGUAAAAGCCAUUUUCAAUCAAAUUGCUAAAAACAAAAAGACUCCGCUCAUGUGUGUGUGUGUGUGUGUGUGUGUGCGUGCGUGUGUGUGUGUGUGUGUGUCUGUUUGUGUGACCUCUAUGCGUGACUUACCAAAGUCAACGUUUAAGAGCCGAGGAAGGAGGGAGAAAGGUUCCCAAGCUGACAUGUUAGGCCUACACCACGGGAGGACUAUCAACCUAUGAUGUAUUUUAAAAUGAGUUUAUUGUACAAUUUUAACUGUUGCAAAGAAUAGAGCUCAUCUAUACUCCUCUAGAAUGGAUACAUGACAAUGUAAACGCAAUAUCAUAUUACUCUAUCCUAAGGAAUGCAACUGCGCACACAUGCACAAGAAAAUACAUUUUUAUGAAAUCUAUGUACAAAUAUAUGACAAAAUAUAUUUAAUUAGAAUGCUAUGCACCCUCAUAGAGUUGUUAUAGAUGUUCUUUAGGCAUUAUGUAGACUAGGUAAACGCCCGCACAUCACCGCGAAUGUCGAGGCUGUGUAAGUAUUAUACCUGUUUUCUUUUCUUUUUGUAUCGUCCUGGAGAGAGGAAAAACAAACGUGAAUAUGUAUACAAGCCCUCUUCAGCUAGAUUCCCUCUGAUGAAGAGACGAAGAUAUGUAUAGAUCAUCUUACCCUGUACACCAGCUCAAACCAUUUACAAGAGUUAAUAAACAAAUAUGUGACAUAUG